AUGAGUGUUAAAAACGACAACGAGCAAAACAACAACAUCAGCAGCCCAGGAGAGGAGGAGGUACGGACGCUCUUCGUCAGCGGCCUGCCAGUUGAUAUUAAACCCCGUGAGCUCUAUCUUCUCUUCAGACCGUUUAAGGGUUAUGAAGGAUCUCUGAUUAAAUUAACAUCAAAGCAGCCUGUCGGGUUCGUAACCUUCGACAAUCGUUCAGGUGCCGAAGCAGCAAAAAACGCCUUAAACGGGGUUCGAUUUGACCCUGAGAACCCGCAGACCCUUCGCUUAGAGUUUGCCAGAGCCAACACCAAGAUGUCAAAGAGUAAGCUGAUGGGCACGCCCAACCCCACAAACGUCCACCCGGCUCUCGGAGCGCACUUCAUAUCGCGGGACUCAUAUGACCUGAUGGGGGCAGCACUCAUCCCAGCAUCUCCUGAAGCUUGGUCUCCGUACCUGUAUGCGGCAGAGCUGAGCCCUGGUCUCCCCCACACCGCCUUCACCUACCCUGCCGCUGCAGCCGCCGCCUCCUUCCACGCUCAGAUGCGCUGGUAUCCUGCCACCACUGAGUCGUCCCAGUCUGGAUGGAAAUCCCGGCAGUUCUGUUAGAUGUGG